AUGGCCAUGAUCAAUGGCUUAAGGGAGGACAAUGCACGAUCCAGGGAGAGAGAGGAGGCCAUUCAACGCGAGAAUGAGGAGAUAAGGAGAAGAGCCGACGAGCUGCAGGCCAGAGUAGCGGCCAGUACUAGGACUGUUGAGGAGGACGUCAUGCUGGAGGUCCCUAGGGACUUUCGACCAUUCUCGGAGGCCAUAGAGGCCGAGAUGAUCCCUAGGGAUCAUCGGAUACCGCAGAUCGAGCCUUUCGAUGGAACGCAAGAUCCCAGUCAGCACUUGACGGACUUCCGGGCUCAAAUGUUAAUCUGUGGAGGGAGCAUGGAAGUCCGUUGCAAGUUGUUCAUGGGCACUCUCAAGAAGGCGGCGCUCGACUGGUUUAGCGGUCUCCCGGAUCGGGCGAUCACCGAUUUUGAUGUUUUCAGCCGGCUCUUCAUGGCGCAAUUCGCUGCUAACAAAAAGAAGCCGCCGAUCACAUCGGAUUUGUUCGACCUCAAACAGCAACGCGAGGAAUCUCUGAAAGAUUUCCUGCAAAGAUUUAAUGAGGUCGCCUUGAGGAUAGCAUCAUUGGACGAGAAGAUGGCAGUUAUCGCAUUCCAGAAAGGUUUGAGGUCUGGGGCUUUCGACAUUGCACUCGAAAGAGCGAACUGUCAAACGAUGUCGGAGGUAAGGGCUUUUGCUUUGAGCCACAUCAAGACGGCGGAAAACCAGAUUGUUAAAAGGGCGGCCGAGAACCGAGAAGCAGGGGGCAGCAAUAAAGAGGGAAACAAACAUCUUCGACCUCGGUCAGACUGGAAUAAGCGGGGCGACCGGUACGGUGCGAAGGAGGGCAAUUACCGACAGGCCAAUCAUGGUGGUCGGUCAAGAGGCGAGUGGAUGCGUGGCGAUGAAGAAGAGAAGUUCACUCCACUCACUGUUCCCAGGAGACAGAUACUCCACGAUGUUAAUAGUGCGUCGCUGUUUGAGUUCCCAGCAGCGACGGAGCGUCAGCAGAUCGAGCGGUUGAUCAAGGAGGGACGACUGAAGGAGUUUGUGGCGAAAAAGCAGGAGGGAAGCUCGACGGAUAGGCGACCCAGGCGUACGCAAGAUGACACCGGGAGGGAUAGACGUAGAGAGAGAACUCCCCCCAGAGACGUGCCAGCAAAAUCGUCGGAAGCCCAUCAGCAACCAAUCCAUGGGGAUUUCAACACCGUAGCGGGGGACUUUGCGGGCGGGAGAAUUACCUCUGCUGCACGAAAAAGGUACACUCAGUCAGUGCUCACAUUAUCGGAGUUCAGGCGACCUACUCAGCCGGUGAUUUCGUUCUCGGACUCAGAUUAUGAGGGAGUGGCCCCUCAUGAGGACGACCCCGUCGUCGUGUCGGCGAUCGUCAUGGGAUACAACGUGAAGCGUGUAUUGAUUGACCAGGGAAGUUCCGCUGACAUUUUAUUUUGGGAAACUUUUGAGGGGAUGAAGAUACCUAACGACCGACUAAUCCCUUAUGCAGGAACUUUAGUGGGUUUUGCAGGAGACCAGGUCAUCGCAAGGGGAUAUACCGAUCUGGAAACAACUUUUGGCCAGGGCGCUCAGAUGAAGACGGUGGUUGUUCGGUAUCUGGUAGUCAACGCGCAGUCAUCCUAUAGUAUACUGAUUGGCAGGCCGACCCUGAACAAGCUAGGAGCGGUGGUGUCUACUUCCCAUCUGAAGGUGAAGUAUCCGUUGCCGAACGGUACUGUGGGCACUCUCCGAGUGGACCAGGAGGUGGCCCGGAAAUGCUAUGGCGACAGUUUGAAGGCGCGAAGACGACUGUAUACGGCGCAGGUGGAGCAGGAGGUCCACUCCAUCGACCUAGACCCCAGAGUGAGCCAUUUUGAUCGCCGACCAGCCCCUGCGGAAGACAUUAAGGAGGUGACGCCGAUCUGGAAACAACUUUUGGCCAGGGCGCUCAGAUGA